UAAUACAUAUUUUUUUUGACGAAAUAAUAUAAUACAAUUAUUAUUAUUAUUUAAUUUUCUUCGCAAUCCCGAAAGGUCGAAGACGAAUUUAUAUGACAAGGUUUGGGUAGAUGACGAGUUAGAAGAAGCAAUUAGGUUUUGCAAUUCCCCUCGUUCGUGUUAAAGACCAACAUUGAAGCGACUGCUUCAUUCACAUGCGGCUCUGUUAACUGCUUAUACCAUACUCAUUCUAUACAGCACAUUGUGCUGCGAAAACCAUGCCUCGUAAAGUAAACUAUGAAAUUGAUUACUACGCCGAUGACUAUGAGGAAUAUGACGACUAUGAUUAUGAUUUUGAAACUGAAAACUACGGAGCAGGAAAAGGACCUGAUACAAAGCAAGAGACCAUCAGGCCUGGAAUUUGGCAAUGCUCCAUUUGCACCUACGACAACGAUGAGAGUAUGACUUCGUGUGAUAUCUGCGGCGUUAUACGUCAUCCCUUGGUUAACAAGGGUACUUCCAACAGUAACAAAACAGUUGAAGAUAUAAGCAAAAAUCCUGGAGCAUCCCAGUUGGCCAGGUCUCUUUUCCAAUCAUUACCACAACAGAUUCCGAAAGAGGUUGUAUUAUUUCCAAUGCAGGAUGUUGGUUUUUGGACAGAUGGCAGUAACAUCUACAAGCUUGAGAAUGUACAAGGAGAAUUUCAUGAAAUUCAUAAAGCUUUUAAUACUCAAAGCCAUCCCUCUUUAAAUAUAGACCCUUUCAAGUUUGACGUUCCAUCCCCAGAUGAUGUGGUUUAUACUGGCCUACAUUCUUCAAAAAUGGGUUUGAAAGACAAAGUUAAAAACUCUAAAGAUUCGCGGCUUUCAUCGAGCAGCAGAGACAAGAAUGAACUUGCCGUAGAAUCCAAUGCUGAAAGUUCAGACAACGUAUCAUCCUUAAUGCAAAAGAACAAGCAGGGUAGUGCAGCCAAGAACAAGCUUUCCAAAAAUGUAGACAUUGAUUUGGAAAUAAUUGGCAAAACUUUAAACAACUUGUCAGCAUCUUUGCCAAAGGAUAAAGGGGACAAUGCGAAUAAAAUAAAUUCUUCAAAGAAUGGUACAAAUGGUAUUCAAUCAAGCAAAGAAAAGUCCGGUACUUUGUCUGCACUGCCAAAAGUCGAAGAAAGUGAUAAGCUUAUUUUGUCUUCUAUGAAAGAUAGAAAGUCUGAAAGUGGUUCCAGCAGUUUUAACCACAUGGUUCUUGAUAUAAGUUCUGGAAAUUCUGAUAAUACUAAUGCUAAGGGACCUCAUCAACAAGUUUCUUACAAGCCAGAAAAGUGGAUGAUCCCUCAACAUUCUGAAGAGACAUUGACUCAGUUGAAUCUUGCUAUUGUUGGUCAUGUUGAUUCUGGAAAAUCAACCUUAUCCGGUAGGCUAUUACACUUAUUGGGACGAAUUUCCAAGAAAGAAAUGCACAAAUAUGAAAAGGAGGCCAAGUUACAGGGCAAGGGAUCCUUCGCUUACGCUUGGGCACUUGAUGAAAGUUCUGAAGAAAGGGAAAGGGGAAUAACCAUGACAGUGGCUGUGGCAUAUUUUGACACUAAGAAAUAUCAUGUUGUUGUACUUGACUCUCCUGGCCAUAAAGAUUUUAUCCCAAACAUGAUUUCUGGAGCAACACAAGCUGAUGCUGCAAUUCUUGUCAUAGAUGCCUCACUUGGUUCAUUUGAAGCUGGUAUGGAUGGUAGCAAAGGACAAACAAGGGAACAUGCACAACUUAUUAGAAGUUUUGGUGUAGACCAGGUUCUUGUUGCUGUAAAUAAGAUGGAUGUUGUGGCAUACUCCAAAGACCGAUUUGAUUUUAUUAGACAUCAGCUAGGAACUUUUCUCCACUCAUGUGGGUUCAAAGAUUCUUCUCUCUCAUGGAUUCCCUUGAGUGCUAUGGAAAAUCAAAAUUUGGUGGCAUCCCCUUCAGAUGCUCAUUUCAAAAACUGGUAUACUGGACCUUAUCUGUUAGAUGCAAUCGACUCACUACAACCUCCUACAAGAGAAUUCUCAAAACCUUUGCUAAUGCCAAUAUGUGAUGUCAUCAAAUCAACUGCACAAGGGAAUGUGUCUGCUUGUGGUAAACUGGAAGCAGGAGCUCUUCGAAGUGGAACUAAGGUCUUAGUUAUGCCUUCAGAUGUUGUUGGAACAGUACGUACACUGGAGCGUGACUCUAAUGCAUGCUCGGUUGCUAGAGCUGGAGAUAAUGUAGCUGUUACAUUGCAAGGUGUUGAUGGAAGUCAUGUAACGGCAGGAGGCGUAUUAUGCCAUCCUGACUUUCCUGUUGCAGUUGCAAAGCAUUUGGAGUUGAAAUUGCUUGUCUUGGAUGGUGCAAGUCCCAUAUUGGUCGGCGCUCAGUUAGAGUUUCAUAUACAUCAUGCAAAGGAACCUGCUAGAGUUUCAAGAAUAUUGUCAAUACUUGAUCCCAAGACUGGUAAGGUGACCAAAAAGUCCCCUCGUUGUCUCACGUCAAAACAAAGUGCAGUAAUUGAGGUGAUUUUGCAUGAGCCAGUGUGUGUGGUAGAGUUUUCUAGAUGUAAAGCUCUUGGAAGAGUAUCCCUUAGAACAUUAGGAAGAACAAUUGCUGUUGGACUUGUGACAAGAAUAAUCGAAGAACAAGAUUAGUUUUUGUUAUUUCUCCAAAAAGAACAGGCGCAGUAACAUUUGAGAGGUUCCUAGUAUACUUGUAUGUUGUUCCAGUAAACAUCUUUGUAUGCCGUCUAAUUUAAGCUAGAAAAAUUAUGCUGGCACACAAUGGGCGGCUAUGUAACCUUUGUUGAGGUUCUCUGGUCAUGUGAAUUUUGUAAAGAUGGUUAAGUGCGGAGUUUUUUUUCAUUUUUUUUUCUUCAUGUAAAUUUAGGGUGAGAAGAAGGUGCAUCGGUCCAAAUAGGAAAGAUCUCAGAGCUCAACGAAAACUUACAAAUGAACUUACAUUUGCUUCUCUAGUAAAACUUAAAAUCACAACCUACGAACUUAA